GUGUGUGGGGUAUACAGACGAACACCUCGCGCCUCGCGGGGACAAACCAGCCACUCGUCGCCGCGCGCUCCUCGACUCCUGGAGCUUCCUGCGGACGGAAUGUGUGGGUGCUCGGCUCUCGUCGCCGGAGGUCGGCCGCCUCCGUCCUCCAUUCCUCUCCGGCUCCGCCGCCGCCGAGGGAGCUCCGUGCGGGCAGAGGUCUCGCCAGGCGGCGAGUCCGAGCGGAAGAAGGUCGCCGUCGCGGGCGCCGGCUGGGCCGGCCUUGCCGCCGCGCACCACCUCGUCAAACAGGGGUACGAUGUCACGCUUCUCGCCGCAGAGAACGGCCCAACCGAGGAGGUUGGCCUCAGAGGAUUCUGGCAUCCGUACCGCAACAUCUUCGCUUUAGUCGAUGAGCUGGGGAUCUCGCCUUUCACGGGAUGGAAUAAAGCGGCCUACUAUUCUCCAGAGGGACUUACAGUCGAAUUCCCCAUAUUUCAUAACCAGCCACGGUUACCAGCACCCUUUGGAGUCUUUGCAUAUCCAGAGUUCCCUAACCUUCCUUUGAUUGAUAGGUUGACAUCAAUUCCUGUCAUAGCUGCAGUCAUUGACUUUGACAACACAGACACUGCUUGGAGGAAAUACGACUCAAUGACUGCAAGAGAGCUUUUUAAGAUGUAUGGUUGCUCUCAAAGGCUCUACAGGGAAGUCUUUGAGCCAGCUAUUCAGGCAGCCCUGUUUGCUCCUGGUGAGCAGUGUAGUGCAGCUGCAACACUGGGGAUGUUGUACUAUUAUAUGCUCUCUCAUCAGGAAAAUUCUGACUUCUUGCUAUGCCGUGGUGACGUAGAAGGAAAAUUUUUCUCUCCCUGGCUGCAAUCAUUAGAGAUGGAAGGCUUAAAAUUUGUACCAAACAAAGUUCCAUCAAGCUUGACUAUAGAUACGGAUAGUGGAUGCAUCUCUGCUAUUGUCUGUGGUGACGAGAUAUAUAAGGCAGAUGCAUUUGUUUCAGCCAUGGGACUCUCUUCUCUACAGUCCAUUGUCAAAAACAGUCCAUUCCUAUGGUCUCAUCGAGAAUUCGCCAAUCUUCUUCACCUGUCUACAGUCGACGUGAUCUCUAUAAAAUUAUGGCUUGACAAAAAGAUCACAAUUCCAAAUGUUGCGAAUGUAUGUCCUGGUUUUGAUGAUUCAUCUGGCUGGACGUUCUUUGACCUUACCUCAAUAUAUGAUGAUUAUUACGAAGAACCAAUGACAGUAGUGGAGGUUGAAUUUUAUAAUGCUAGCCGGCUGAUAACUCUAAGUGAUGAUGAUAUUGUCUCUGAAGCUUCAUUGCAUCUUAUCAAGUGCAUACAAGAUUUUGAGGGUGCUACUGUGAUCCAAAAAUCAGUCAAAAGAUCUCCUAAAUCUGUAAUCAACUUUCUUCCAGGUUCUUACAAGUACACACCAAGAGGAUCAACUUCAUUUCCGAAUUUGUUUAUUGCUGGUGAUUGGAUUGUCAACCGACAUGGGUCCUUUUCAAAAGAAAAAGCAUAUGUGACUGGACUCGAGGCUGCUAAUAGGAUGGUAGACUAUUUUGGCACUGGGGACUUUGCCAAAAUAAUUGCAGUUGAAGGAGAUGAGCCUCAUAUAGAGACAUUGCGUAGUCUCAGCAGAAGAGCCAAUGAACUGAAGUCACAGAUUCCUUUCUCGGAGUUCUUUCUCCAAUGAUGUGGUUCGGGUUUUUCCAUAUGACUGUUGACCGAUGCCCAUUGUUUGUAGGCCCAUAUGUAAAAGUGAAAGUGGCUUGCACAGGUUUAUCUCGUGGUUUCAGUAUUUGUUGAAACAAACAUAUAUAUACAACCUCUUCCAUCAUUAGACCAGAGAGUUGUCUCAGGUAUAACUUCCCUUCCUCAUCAUUUCCACAAACUCUUCAUAGUCGAUAUUCCCAUCCUGUGAAUUCAGUGGGGGCGAUGAUUAAAUCUAUGCAAAUGGAACUGGUUAGUCAGAAGAAUAUUCUUACCUUGUCUCUAUCAACUUCGUCUAGUACUUGUUUGAUGCUUGCUUCAUCACCCAUUCCAUGCUCUGCCAUGGCUUGUUCCAGUUCGUCUCUUGUUAUGUACCUGCAGUUGUUAUGUAUGUUGUCUCCGGUUAAUCAUACUAAACCUUUUUUGUUUUUAUUAAUAAUGAUUCCAACCAAGUGAAACAACAAAGUGAAGGUAGCAUGUAUUGAGCAUUGUUAAUUUGUUAUAUGAACAAACUGAGUGGCAUGUAAUUUGCCUUUACAAAUUCUAGCAUUUUUCAAUUACAUAGCUCUUCAUCAAGAUGAUGCGUGGAAAAUAAAUUAAUUUCUUGGUUGGACAGAAUUAAUUUUACCCGCUGUUAUCUUUGUCAAAGUAUUGAAAUGCACGGAUUAAAUCCUCCUCCUUUUCCAGUUUAUGUUUAUUCAUCAUGGCAGUAAGGAACUCCGUGUAAUCAAUGCUGCCACUCUUGUCCACGUCAACCUGCACCAACAUAUGAUUAUUGAAGCAUUUCAUAUACUUAACUUAGUGAAAGGCUGGAAAUGAAACGAAAUAAGCAAUCUUACUGCUUCCAUAAGCUUCUGAACCUCUGCUUCACUAAUCUUCGAUCCUAGCUUUCUCAGUCCUUCCUUCAGUUCUUCGACUGUGAUCGUGCCACUCUUGUCUGUAUCCAUGUUAUUGAACAUCUGCUUCAAUCCCUUUAUCUCCUCUGGCGAUAGGUUCUCCGCGAUCACCUUACCAUGGAAGGAAACAAUCUGUCAACUCAAUUUGACGCAGGCGAAGAAGUAGUUAUUCUUCUUGUUAAGGGACCGCGCUAUCAAUAGGUCUGUCAGGUGCAUCUUUGAGCCACGGAUGUUCUGCAUAGAGUAGUCAUUCAUUUGUUUGGGAUGAAAUAUGAGCCAUACAGAUGCAGAUGAAGUUUGCAUUCACAGCUGAAGCGAUAUAUGAACAGGCAGUUAAAGAGUGAUACGUAGGGCCUGUGCUGCAGUAAUUCGCUUCUGAGGAUCUCUGUCCAACAUUUUCCUAAUGAGAUCCUUUGCACUUUCAGAUAUGGAGGGCCACGGGAGGGAGCUUAAAUCAAGCUGGCCGAACAGUAUAGCAUCAAAUAUGCCCUUCUCUGUUUCUGCUCGGAUAUGUGCAAAUACUGACAAUUAGGCUCUGAUGCUGAGGUAAUGUAAGUAUGUUAGGAUGAAGAUGUCUGAACACUCACCUGCCCAGAAAGGCGGUGACCCACACAGAAGAAUGUAUAAGAUCACUCCGGCGCUCCACACAUCAAUUUCUUUGCCGUAAUUCCGGCGCAGUACCUCUGGCGCCACGUAGUAUGCACUCCCCACAAUGUCCUUGUAAACGUUACCUGCAUUGGUUGUCUAUAGUGAUUAGGUUUAUUGCAACUUCUGGCCCCAGCUUAAGCUUGGAAAAAGAAAUCUUUUGUUU